UAGUCGGGCAGAAUCCCGAAAAGUCGGGCAGAAUCUCGAAAAGUCGGGCAAUUUUCUUGCCGCCCCCCUAAUUUUUUCCUUCCGGUACGCCCAUGAGUCUGGGGCUGCAAUACGGGGGUACUAUGAGUCCUCUCCAAAUAACGCCUAUUCAUUUUCAUUUCAAAAUCUUCGUAUCCAUGGUAAUCACGUAUCUGGUCAACAUCUUAACAGCGUCAGCAUGCAAGUAUCGCAAACUAGCAAGUAUGAAAUGGAGUUGCAGCCAAAUGCGUAUUGGUGGUUUGUGAUUUUCACCACCGAGGGGAGAAUGGAGAUGAGUCGAUGGUCAGUUGGUGAACAUACGUCACGUGGACACAACGUGAUCACACACGGUCUCAAAUGGUUCGCAAACUAUUGAACAUAAAUGGUUCGAUUUCGUAUUGAACAAGGAAAUAUGUUUGUGCUUGCUUUUAGAUAACAUAGUUGUAUAGAUGUUGGCUGAUUUUUAAAGCGUUACAGUCAAGAGUAUAUUAAUAAGUGGAACUUAAUUACUAGAUUUAGUCAGUAAAAUGUGUUAAUUAAUAUGUAGUUUGAAAUUGUAUUUUGCAGUCAUGAUAGUAAUAAAUAAACAGCAAAGGAAAAAAGUGCUUCUUAAAGAGUGAUACAAAAUACUAUAAUGGCGUCCCCAGGCGCUUAGCACCGUGUGAUUUUUUAGAAACAUUUUUGAGGGCCAGUGAAAGAAUGAAGGGCGACCGUCAAUUCAUGACUCGACUGCGCAUCCAAAUGAACGCGUUCUGUGUCGGGAUAAAUGUGCAUCAGCCCAAAAAGUCUAGCUAGCUUUAGUCACAAUACAAUUAGAGAUCCACGCGGACUUGUGGGUUAAAAUAUAAAGGGAUUUUUCUUCUGUUGUAGGGCUGCAGCCAAAGGCCAUGUUAAAUGUUUGGAGUACCUUAUAAACAAGGUGAUGUUCACAGCUACAAGCUUUUCCCUUUUCGCUGCUCUAGAGCGGUGAUUCAAAUUUUCCUCUGGAUUCCUCCUGUAGUAUUUAGUCACUCUGGACCAAAAAUUAUUAAUGGAUUGACUGGGGGAAGGGUUGCAGGGGGGAUGCACACCAUUAACCAUUACAACAAUAGAGAGGUUCAGAUUUGACUUUCCCUACCACUCUCACUGGCUUAGUACGCAUGUGAUUGUUUAAUCGGGCAUAUCAAACGCAUCUGAUUGGUUAAUUGUCCCUUAACAGUAGCAGUAGUGAUCUGAACCUCUCUAUUAAUGCCCCUGAACCCUUCCAGCGGUAAUAUUCAUCGUAAUGACUUUGGUCAACGGUUGCACCCCGAACAGUGGACAUGCAAGUUAUUUCAAAUAUUUAUAUCCCCUCCCCCUCCCAGACAGUGUUGUUUACUUGAGACCCAACAUUGAAAAGAGGGCGGAACCGGGGGCGGGGGUCGAAGUUUGUCAAUAGGGGGCAUCUGUUGCAACACAUUGGAAAGUGAUUGUUGCUAACCGUCGUAGAUUUUCAACAUAGGGAGGAAACAUCGAUGCUUUCCAUUAUUGUGGUUCUGCUCUAUUGGCCGCCAGUCGUAACAUGCAACAUGAAGCAGUGAAAUUCUUGCUCGAUGCCGGGGCAUCUGUGACAGAGAGGGAUCAAAUGAUGGAUACAUGUAUACAUGUCGCAGUAAAAAAGGGUGACGUCAAGACUGUCAAAGUUUUAAUGGAGGUAACCCAACAAAAAUGUGUGAUAGCAUAUUUGGCAAAAUUUAUUAAAACCCCAGUCAAACGAGAUGAGAGUUGACGAGAGUUGGCAGUCACACAUUGUCACAGGGGACAUUUCAAGCUCUAGAUUAAUAAAGAUUUGAUGAGUGUUCCAACUAUGUUCAACUCUCGUUAACUCUCGGGCUCAUGCAACUCUUGUUCUCUUUUGACUGCAUGCAUGGGGUACGAAUGACUGAGAAAACUCUCAUGCAAACUCGUGCUUGUCAGAUCCCAUCAACCAUUCAACUCACUUACUGUCAUAUCCUGCUUUAACCAUGCAGGGUUUAACCGUAUAUAGAGUAUAUGCAUGACUAGCAAAAGACAUUUUCUACGUAACUUGAAAUAAUCUUUUAAUAAUGUAAUGUACUAGUGUACUACCCUCUGACAAGAAUCUGCCCUUUGCACAUUGGUACGGGAAAUCGUUUGGAAUAUUUCAAAUUUAACAUAAUUUGUCAUUUGUAGAAAUGUGCUGAUUCACUUCUGGAAAUGAGAGAUAAAAAUGAAAGAACGACUUUGCACGUGGCCGCAGCCAAUGGAAAUGUAGAGGUAGGUACAUGGAAUUUAGAAGUCCGCAAAGAUGAAACUCGUUUAUUAUUUGCUGUACAUUUUAGGUAAUGAGGAUUCUGUUGUCUUACAAACCAGACGUUCAGGCGAUUGAUGACAGAGGGAAAUGUCCACUUCAUAUUGCAGCCGAGUAAGUUCUUAAUGUUUUUUGUUCACAAGCGCAAGCUAUACCGUCUGUCACCAUGGACGGUGGAACGACAAGAGGGCAAGGGGGAGGCUAAAUUUGAACUUCAAUGUUAAAAUUACUUUCAAUCAUUAUAAUUGCGAAUAUUGCAAUAUUAAAUAAAUGUAUAACAUUUAUACACUCGAAAUUGCCAUUUACAAACUCCUUCAAAAAUUAUUUCGCCAAAAGACAAUAAUCCCAAACUAACAUGCACUGCUAAACGAAGUUAUACAGUAUAGUACAAAUCUCAUUUGUGUAUAUUUUGCAUGGCUAUGUCUGUUUCAUCUCUUAAUGUUACAGAAAUGACAAUUUGGAUUGCGCGCAACUUCUUAUCGAAGCAGACAAAGAUAGCGUCAAUUACACAGACUUUAUGUGGAGAACUCCCCUACACGUCGCCAGUGUUUAUUGUCAUGAUCUCAAGUUGUUAAAACUUCUCUUGGAAAAUGGAGCAGAUGUAAGAGCAAGGUAGGACCGCAGGUUCAAUUCCUGCCAGUUGGCCUACGGUUGCAUUUUUCACAGCUGUCCUGGUAAGGUCUACAAAAUGAAUAAAAUUGACACUUGAAGUUUCUAUCUUCAAAAGCCUUUCGAUGAUUUAGUUUGUCGAGUGAGAUGCUGUAAAUCCUGAUUUUUACCCAUACACUGGCAUCACGGCUCAUGGCAUGACCUCGCAGACACCCACCUGAAAUAUACAAGCGUCUGCGAGCAGGCUACUUAAUUGUAUAAUAUAUUUAUAAUAUAACAUUUUGUAAGUCCUGAACCUUGAUCGGGCUAAGAUCCGUGUUGAUAUACCUCAAUGUCAACACGGAAAAUUUCUUUCUUUAUAUUUCUUUGUGCUAUAUAAUAAAGAAAUAUAAAACAGUUUUCCUAUGAUUGAUGUCUAUGAUUGAUAUACAGUUAUUUCAACUGAAAACACCUUGCCCUCUGGGUGUCGUGUUUCCACACAAUUUCUCGUUUUCCCAAUUUCCACUAACUCGUGUUGAUAUAACUGCCAUCAACACGGAAAUUGUUUUAUAUUUCUUAAACACGAACUAGUUGUGGUUAGAGCUCGACAACUGGCCUCUGUAUAGCUCAGUUGCAGUUAGAGCGCUGUACAGGAAUCGCAGGACCGUACGGAUUCGAUUUCUGCCAGAGUGCCUAUAAUCGCAUUAUAAGGCCUGGGAGUCAGGUAUAUAUAAAUAUAUUUAAAUAGUACAUAUAAUAUUUAUAUUUUCUUCUUGCAGGGAUGACAGACGUUGGACUCCUCUACUGUACGUAGCCUCGGCAGGUUGUCCAGACUGUACUAGUACACUGGUAGAAAAUGGCGCGAAACUGAACGAAUGGGACAAAAACAAAGUAACGAGAAAUAUUUAUAUUGUAAGAAUAUUCUCAACUGGAGUGCACUCGACCUCGUUCCCAGGCGCUCUCAGGGUUCCUAACAGGGCCCCUAUGGAUACCAGCUUAACAGCUGAAUGGGAUACCCUGCUAAAAUAAAGUCACAACAACAACAACAACAACAACAACAACAACAACAACAACAACAACAACAACAACAACAACAACAACAACAACAACAACAACAACAACAACAACAACAAAAACAACAACAACAAAAACAACAACAACAACAACUCUCAACAACAACUCUCAACAACAACUCUCAACAACUCUCAACAACAACUCUCAACAACAACUCUCAACAACUACUCUCAACAACUCUCAACAACAACUCUCAACAACAACUCUCAACAACUCUCAACAACUCUCAACAACUCUCAACAACAACUCUCAAGAGCCUGGGAAUGAGGUUGGAGUGCACUCAGAGACUACAUAACUCUGCCAGCGAAUUAAGUUAUGUAUCGUGCAUAAAUUACACAACUGGCUAAUUACGCAUUCUGUUUACUCUGUCUUGCAAAGCAACACAAACGUUUGCUAAUUUUUCAUUAGAAAGACAUUCCGAAGGAUGUCAGUUAAAACUACGGACAGUCGAAAGUCAGUUUAGUCAGGUAACCACAUUCACUCACUCUUAUUUGGCCUUUCUAGAUGACCGCACUGAGUUUAGCCGCAGUUAAAAAUAAUGCUGAUGCUGUGAAGGCCCUAUUGGAUCAUGGGGCUGAUCCGACGAUCCUGAAUAGUGAAGGUCUCAGCUGUAUGGACAUAGCUCUGAACAAUCGCUUUCAUGAUGUCUGUAUGGUGAUAGCAAACAGCGAUAAGUACGAAUGAACUUAUAUAAUAUUUCAAAUUUUCUACUGUACCGACGUUUCUACAAUUUUCUUGUAACCUACAGGAAUCUGGUAACUGAUACAUGUAUUUAACGCGCUGCGCCUUUUGAGUUAGCUAGAGUGCACGAGAGUCGAUGAGAGUUGGCGGUAAAGUUCAGAGUUGCCGGAAACUCUCAUCGACUCCUGUUAACUCAUUUGAUUGUGGUGUUUAGCAGAUACAACGGCAACGCAACGAAAACAGCCAAAAUCAACUCCUUUAAAUUAAAUAAUUAAAUAUAUGUUAUUGUGAGGUAAUGAAAAUAACACCAGAAACUGCAGAAAGCACCAGAUUAAGAGGGAUUCAACUAUCUGAAAAAUACUGAGUAAAACUUUAAAGUUUUAAAUCCCGAUUGUUAAAUCCCUCUUAAUCCACAAAUUAUAAUUAACAUUUUAGCUAUGCUCCGUCAAACUGGCCCAGAAGCGUCCUGAACGAUUUCGGCCCGAUGACCUUUAAGUUGCAAUUCGGCAUUUAGAUGCAAAAAUGGAUGGCAGUUAGCAUCUCCCAACCGUUACCAGAUAGCUAGGCUUUCAAUUUCUCAAGAUGUUCGUGUUUUUCUUUUGUAGAUGGAGAGAAGCUUUAGUUUCGUGCGCAACAGUAGAAAACUGCCUGGACGUUUCCCCUGAAGUUGCUAAGGUUAAUUGACAAUUAUACAAUAGAUUCGUGUUUCAUAUUUGGCCAGAGGUAGAUGUAGGUUCAACUAAACCUCCUCUGGGGUGAUGACUUGCCUAAACUCACCGCGAGAUAAUGCAAGUUUAAGUGAUUUUAGGCGCGAUUUAAGCAAAAAUUGCGAUGCGAGUUUGGGCGAUAUAGGGCGAUUUUAAGGUAAGUUAAGAUUCCAGAGUAUAUAGACUUUUCAUCUGAUCAGGGGCGUAGAAACCGGGGGGGAAGGGGGGCCAGGCUCCCUCAAGUUUUGCCAAGUGCCCUUUUUCCGGCAGCAAAGUGUCCUUUUCUUGCGUGAAAAAUGUCAUUAAGAUUGCAUUUUUUACCCAAAGAGCACUUUUGAAAACUUGAAUUCAGUAUAUUAUUUCCGAAAAAACUUUUUCAUUUCCGGGAAAAAUAUCAUAUAUCCGGAAAAUUUUUUGGUAUAUCCGGAAAAUUUUUUUCAUAUUUAAGAAAAAAUGUGACAUAUCCGGAAAAUUUUUUUGGUAUGUCCGGAAAAUUUUUUUGAGAUGUCCUCCCCCCUACACCCCCCGUCUAAAUUUUUAGAAGCCUUUUUUUAUUAGAAAAGUGCCCCUCAAAGCCUGCCCCCCCCCCCAACUUUUAGAAGCUUCGAUCCUACGCCUUCGAUCCCGAUCAUGACUGAUUGCGUGUAUUUUAGGGUGUUACCAUUCCAUAUGCACCAUGUCAAAAACGCCACAAAUCAUAAAACUUUCAGAAUGCAUUAACUAGUGUCUUUCUAUAUGCAUUACAAUUUCAGGUUAUCCUCGACAGAUGUAUCGAAUUCAGUGGAAGAGAAAUUGAUAAAGACUAUAAAGUAUGACAUAUGCAAGAUUUUAGUUUUAAGGAUUUUUUUUUGGUCGAUUGAAGAAAAUGAAAUUUGCGAUUGCGAAUAGACUUUCACAACCUUUUCCAUCCAAAGUGAGAAAUUGGUCAUGCUCUAUUCCUAACGCGAUCGAUAAAUGCCUAUUUAACUGAAUAAUAAUUUACAUUUAUAGUGCGCAAUGUUUCAUUUGAAUAUGUUCGCAUGCGUAUUAUACAGGCGAAUAAUAUAUGCACUCGCUUUCUGUGUGCUUUUCCUAAUGGAAAAUAACUUUUGUUGUAGGUGACUUAUCAUUUUGACUUGCUCGAUCCUCAUCCCGAUGAAAAACUGAAUUUCUACGGCCCAUUGGUAAGUUUAUGUCAACUGAUGGCUCAUGCAUGAUUAGCGCGCUAGCUUCGUUGGCAUUGAGUUACCUGCAGGCCUGCUCGUGAGGAUCCUUGUCUUCAUUCUCAGCUUCCCUGUCAUAUGUCGACUGUCAGCCGUUUUAGAUCCUUUGUUUUAUAUGCCAGCCAAUCAACUUCUCUUUCAGCGACAACCCCAUUAACUACAUCUAAAUAUCUUCGCAUUUCCACCCUUGUAUCUGAUCAGUUGCGCUACAUGAUGUUUCCUGACAUUUCUUGCUUUCACAUUGAAAACAUUCUUAUAUAUAAAUUGUGCUAUAUAUAUAGGUAAUGAAAAAGGCGAGAAGGAACGACUUGUUGACUCACCCUUUGACCAAAAAAUUACUUCAGGUGAAUUGGUAUGUAUGAGGAAGCUGAUGUAAAGUGAUCGAACAAUGGACGACUUGCGCUUUAGACUAAAUUUUAAUCUAAGUAAGAACAACGAAAUCUAUUACCACAGCUAGAAAGAGCGUCUUGGAAUUAGUAAUACUACAAAGUUUGGUUGCGAAAUGUUGUAAAAUACGGAAAAUAUAGUCCUUCAAAGUUGGCAAAUUUGUAUACAAAAGUAUUACGUGCGUGAAUUGGUAACUAAAUUAGUUACCAAUUUCCGCACGUAAUAGAAAUGUAUACAAAUUUGCCAACUUCGCAGGGCUAUAUUUUCCGUAUUUUACGACAUUUCGCCACCAAACUUUGCAGUUUUUCUAAUUUUGAUAACUUCUUUCCAAAAAUAUCCUUUGUUAUUCCCAAAUUAAAAAUUUUUCUAAAGCGCAAGUCGUCCAUUAGACAGACCAGAGUGAAUAACUCUAACAAAGUAGGUGGGGAAGCCAUUUGGAUGAAAUUUUCCUCGUUAAUGGGUUGAGAGAAGAUAUGGGCACAUAUAUCUUGUGUCAUAUAUUUUUUUUAUAUAUAAUUAUAUCUCUGCAUGAUAAUUCCAAUCUUUUGGGGCAGGUUGUACGAAGGCCGGAAUUGCACUAUCCACCGGAUAGCGAUAUUUUCAAGCUUCCUGAAUUUCUCCGUUGAAUGGUAUAUAAGUCUUUAAUCAGGGUUAUACGGUAUAAUCCUGAUUAAACUGUAGCAUUUAUAAUUUAAACUUUCUUUUAUUAAUUGUAACGUCCAUAUCCGUAAUAUUAUAGCUUUUUAAGCAUUUUUAAAACGGUUGAAAAAAUCACUAUCAGUGACUCAAAUUUAUGAGCAAAUUUACUCAAUGUUUUAAGUAAAGAUUUACUUUACUAAAAAAGUGAGUAAAUUUGAGUAAUUUUAUUCAAUUUCUUGAGUCGUUGUGUGUGCAUUAUCUUACUAACGUUUUUCAGUCAAACAUUUUUGCAGUGUACAUAAUGAAAUUUUCUACUAACAAGAUGAACACAACACAUGUUGUUUUUAUAAUUAGGAAGAAUGGUGUACGGUAUAUCUACUAUACUCAAAUGUUCCUGCUUGCCCUGGCCAUGGUCCUGUUAACAUUGUUUAUGGUUUGGGUGCGACAACUGAUUGGACAAUGCUACAUGUAUCUUCUUCGUGUUCAACAGAACCCUAAUGGCACUAUAUUAAAUCUACCUGACGGUUUUCUAUAUAAUGAAACAUUUUGUACGGACAAGGUACGGAAUGAAUGAACCUUAGACUUGUAGAAUUCGUGUAACAUUCACGAGCCAACGUUUCCUCACGGCUCUAUAAAUACACGUGUGGAAAUCUCGCAGCUUAUCCGCGACAAGAUGUGUUCGCACUGCUUGUUCCCAGUUCUUGACAAGUCUGGAACAAGGUUGAUUAUGCCAACAGACUCGUAACAAGUUGUUCCAACAAGUCUGAUAUCGUCUGCACGUAACAAGUUGCAGAGACCUUGCAAGACCUUGCUAACAAGUUUAUGACAUCAAGCUCAUGACAACUUGUUACGAACAGCUUGUAUUAUUCUUGUUGGAACAAUUUGUAGCACGUUCGUUAUCGUCGCCAACCUUGUUACAUGCAAGGUGACAAUAACUUGUAACUUGUUCCACACUUGUCACAACAACUGGGGACAAACAAUGUGAACAUAUCCUGGUAUCGGCUUGACAACAACCUUGUUACAACUAAGCUUGUUUGGUGUGGAUCAAAGUUGAUCUAAAGUCGUUCCUUAUAUUUUGCAUACACUCCAGUAUAGGGUGGGUGGUUUUAAAAAAAAAAACGAAACCGACGUAAGAAAACAAUAACUGACCUAUUUUCUGUCCGCGUCAUCUUGACAACAUUUGAAACCCCGUUUCACUGCGUUAUCACUGUCAUUUCGGGGCGGUCACCCCACAUAAGAGAUCCGACCGUCUGUAAAUUAAUCUGCGCGUAAAUCUACAAAUUUUCAUGCAGAUAGCCAGGUUCAUAACGUUUGUUUAUAUAACUAGUAUAAUUUCUCUACUUAUAGAUCAAGUAUGAUCAAAAUAAUAAAAAUGUUAUGUUUUUUACCCGUUUCUCCUUCUUUGUCUACUUUCUGGGAUGUCUGCUCAAAGAACUUAACCAACUUCGGCAAGAG